AUGGUACUAUCCUUCAAUGUGCUGUGUACCAGGCCUUGGUCCAGACCCCAGUCCUACUCCCAGUCUUCCUCCUCAUGGGACCCUUCAUCCCAGAGGGACUACUCUCAGACCCCAGCCCUGUCCCAGGACUCUGCCUCCUCUUCUACCCACAAAGUGAGGUACCCUCUGGCCCUCCACACGCCCUCAAACGAGCCUCACUGGAGAGAGGACAGCACAGAAAGCCCGUGUGUAGUUGGGUUAGUUGACCAGCAGGGGGCUCUGCAUGGAGACACAGCCCAGUCAAAGGAGGAGAUCGUGACAGGAGGAGGACCAAAGGAGAACCUCAGCGAGAGAGACCCCAUUAUGAGGAAACGACUCUUCGCUGAUAUGACUACUGACAACCAGAGAGGGAUGGGGGGUGGAGAGAUGGAGGGAAGAGUGGAGAGGGAGAGAAAGGAUGACAUCAAUAAAGGAGGGAUGAAGAAAAAGAUUGAGAGGAAGAACAGCAGGAGUAGUACCAAACCCUACCAGCAGAGGAAGGUGUCACCCUCACUAGGGCAGAUGAGGGAUGGAGAGGGCCAGGGGGUGACAGAGAGGGAUAGUCACCCAGAGGAGAGGAGGAAAAUGGAUGGGCCAUUGGCUGGUGUUGGAGGCUCCAGAGAGAGGGGGUUGAGUAUAGAUCCUGCACUAACCAAACCCUCUCUUGCUGGGCAUGGAAGGGCCGCAGGGCUGGGGUCCAGCCUGACCUCUAUACGUGCUAGUGGUGAGGAGGAGAGCAGCGGCCAUCACCCUCUCCCCUCUGCCCAACAACCGCCCCUGACCCCUACCUUCUCCAUCAAAAGUAAACACGGCGCCCCUCUGUCCAAAAUCGCCCUCUUCAGGCGGCCGGUGAAAUGGGAACCCCCUCAAUCCUGUCAGGAGAAAGCAAGGACCUUGCAAGGGGGCCAGAAGUGGUGCAAAACCCAACCUCCCAAACACCCAGCUCUGACUCCAGCCUUUAGCCUUGACCCUCGAGCCAAAACCAAGACCCUCCACAAGACUGAGGGAACCAAGAGUGUUGCUCUAACCCCUAACCCCCCACAUCGACCCCCAGCCAACUCAGUUAGGCCAAGACAGGGGGUCACAAUGGGGGAGAGGGGGCUUGAAUUAACCAGGGACCAUUCUAGUUCAGACACUCCCCAGCAUAGAUCCUCCAAAACCCCCAAACCACCCAAGCUGAAGCGGGCCAAACCUGGCCCUAACCAGGGUCAACUCACCCCAGAAACUGAACCAGAGGGGGGAAGCGGUGCCGGUGACCCCCAGGCCCAGUCCAACCAAUCCAAAACCUGUCUGACUACAGCCAUGAUCUCUGACCCCAGAGUAAGGGAUGCUGGGAAGUUGAGUCCUGAAGAGAGAGGCAGGGUGCUGGAGGAGGCAGGGCAGGCCAGUGCGCUGGUUCUGACCAUGGUGUACCAGGACGGAACCACUCAGAUGGACCCAGAACAGAAGCUCAGUCCGUCAGUGUGUGGGGUGCUGGUGAUGUUGAAAAGAGAUCUGGACCAGACUGGACCAGUACCAGGACCAGAGGAGGGGGUGGCACAACGAGACAGCCUGGUCUACCUCAGACUGGAACAGAAACCUGCAUGGGCCCAGAGCCACCAAGACCACAACCUAGACCUCUUCAAUAGAGAGAUGCUGCUGCAGGUAGUGUCAGGGUCUCAACUGGUGGUGUGUUACAAGGCCAAAGACCUGCUCCGUACAGCACUGCAGCACUACAGACCAGACCUACACUGGAAACAAUUCUCAUCUUGUCGCGUCCAGGACCCCCAGGUAGCAGCCUGGCUGUUGGACCCAGCUGACCCCUCUUCCUGCUUCACCAACCUGCUUACCAAACACUACCGGCCCGUACCCUAACCCCCCCUCCUCUCUCUCUGUCAGGUGUCCCAGGUUAUCACGAGUCUGUCUCUGCUCUACAGGCUGAAUAUGGAGCUACGCUCUAAACUACAGAGCCAGGGUCUGUGGGAGCUGUACUCUAACAUGGAGCUGACUAUGAUCCCUGUACUGGCAGCCAUGGAGAGCCACAGGAUCCAUGUGGACACGGAGUCCCUAAAGACAACAUCAGAGAUGCUGGGGACUAAGAUGAAGCAGCUAGAGCACGAGGCCCACCAGGCAGCAGGCCAGAUGUUUCUAGUGUCCAGCAGCACCCAGCUCAGGACGGUUCUGUUUGAGAAGCUGCGUCUGCAGGAGCGCUGUGAAAACAAGAAGCUCCCCAAGACUCUCAACAAACAACAGCAGUCUACAUCUGAGGCUGUUUUGUUGCAGCUCCAGGACCUGCACCCCCUGCCGAAGAUCAUUCUCGAAUACAGACAGGUUCAUAAGAUCAAGUCCACCUUCGUCGACGGGGUUCUGUCUUGUAUGAUGAGUAAGAACUUCAUCUCGUCCACAUGGUACCAGACCAGUGCAGUGACUGGAAGAAUCUCUGCCAAACACCCAAACUUCCAGGCCCUCCCAAGGCAGCCGGUGCAGAUCACUAAGAAGCAAUAUGUUCAAGGAAAGGAAGCGGAGGUGGUGACGGUUCACCCACGGGCCAUGUUCAUCCCCCAGGACGGCUACACCUUCCUGGCUGCAGAUUUCUGCCAGGUGGAACUGCGUCUGCUGGCUCACCUCUCGUCAGACCCUGAGCUGCAGAGAAUCUUCAACAACCCACAGGCCGACGUCUUCACCAUGCUGGCCUCACAGUGGAAGGGUGUGAGUGAAGGAGAAGUGAGUUCAGAGGAUAGAGAGCAUGCCAAGCGUAUCGUCUACUCUGUGGUGUAUGGAGCAGGUAGGGAGCGUCUGUCGGGCAUCCUGGGUGUUAGUGCUGAACAGGCCAGCCACUUCCAGGACAGCUUCCUCCACACCUACAGAGAGGUCCAGACCUUCAUACACACCACCAUCCAGCAGUGCCACAAACGAGGUUACGUGGUGUCUAUUAUGGGCCGGCGAAGGACACUUCCUCACAUCCACUCUACAGACUGGGGAGUCCGCAUGCAGGCUGAGAGACAGGCCGUUAACUUUGUGGUCCAAGGGUCAGCUGCUGACCUGUGUAAGAUGGCCAUGAUCCGUAUCUUCUCUCAAGUCUCCUCCUCCAGCUCUCUCUCCGCCAGGCUGAUAGCUCAGCUCCAUGACGAGCUGCUCUACGAGGUGGAGGACUCUCAGGUGGGGGAGUUCGCAGUGUUGGUCAAGAACACUAUGGAGUCCCUGCAACACAUCGAUUGUCUGGGAGUUCAUCUCAAAGUCCCCCUGAAGGUGGCGGUCUCAAGUGGCAAGUCCUGGGGCUCCAUGUCCGAACUACACCUCCCCCAAACAUCUCUCCCCCCCUCUUCCUGA